UCAGUCGCCCGGCAGACCUCGUCGAGGCCGGAUCUUCCUCUCUCUCUCUUUCUUUCCUCCCUCACGGCGCGCACGCUUUCUCUCUCUCUCUCUCUCAUCCGUCUUUCCCUCUCGGUACAUAUAUACACAUACGUAUACCUCUCUCUCGUGCAUGUGAGAGGGCAGCAAGCUAGUGGUGUGUGUGUUUUUUUUUUUUUUUUUACGUGAUUGCCAACGGUGCGUGGCGGGUGGGGAAGACAUAUUUUUUUUUUGUUUGGUUGGUGUUGGUGCGCGGGCGUUAGGGACCAUGGCGCCGCCGCCCGGGAACUCGAAGACGAAGACUGGCAGCCGCGGGCUACCGGCGGCCCACAGCUAACCGACGCCCCCUCCUGUCGCCCCCCCACCACCACCCCCUCACCUUACUUCACGGCCGACAACCUCCCCCCCCCCUCGGCGUCCCAGGGGGGGAAAACAUGCCUCUGGGGGCAGUUCUGCUGCCGUUGUUCGUCUUCUGGCUUCUCGCGUGGCCCGGCCGGUGCUCGGAGGACGAAGAGCGGCUGGUGAGGGACUUGUUCCGCGGCUACAACAAGCUCAUCCGGCCCGUGCAGAACAUGACCGAGAAGGUGGAUGUCCGCUUCGGACUGGCAUUCGUGCAGCUCAUCAACGUCAACGAGAAGAACCAAAUCAUGAAGUCCAACGUUUGGCUCCGUCUGGUGUGGAACGACUACCAGCUGCAGUGGGACGAGGCGGACUACGGCGGCAUCGGGGUGCUCCGACUGCCGCCCGACAAGGUCUGGAAGCCCGACAUCGUGCUCUUCAACAAUGCCGACGGGAACUACGAGGUGCGCUACAAGUCCAACGUGCUCAUCUACCCGCACGGCGAAGUGCUGUGGGUUCCCCCUGCCAUCUACCAGAGUUCGUGUACGAUUGAUGUGACGUACUUCCCAUUCGACCAACAGACUUGCAUCAUGAAGUUUGGGUCGUGGACGUUCAACGGUGACCAAGUGUCCUUAGCGUUAUACAAUAACAAAAACUUCGUAGACUUGUCGGACUACUGGAAGUCCGGCACUUGGGACAUCAUCGAGGUGCCAGCCUACCUGAACAUCUACGAGGGCAACCCUCACACCGAAACGGACAUCACGUUCUACAUCAUCAUGCGGCGCAAGACCCUGUUCUACACCGUGAACCUGAUCCUGCCCACGGUGCUCAUCUCCUUCCUGUGCGUGCUGGUGUUCUACCUGCCGGCCGAGGCGGGCGAGAAGGUCACGCUGGGCAUCAGCAUCCUGCUGUCGCUGGUCGUGUUCCUCCUCCUGGUGUCCAAGAUCCUCCCGCCGACGUCCCUGGUGCUGCCGCUGAUCGCCAAGUACCUGCUGUUCACGUUCAUCAUGAACACGGUGAGCAUCCUGGUGACGGUGAUCAUCAUCAACUGGAACUUCCGGGGCCCGCGCACGCACCGCAUGCCCCCGUGGAUCCGCGUCGUCUUCCUCUACUACCUGCCCAUGUUCCUGCUGAUGCGCCGGCCCAAGAAGACGCGGCUGCGCUGGAUGAUGGAGACGCCGGAGAUGAGCCUGCCGCCGCACCCGUCCUACGGCUCGCCGGGGGAGCUGCCCAAGCACGUGCCGCGGCCCAAGGUGGACAUCAUGGAGCUGUCCGACCUGCACCACCCCAACUGCAAGAUCAACCGCAAGUCGAGCGCGGAGCUGGGGUUGGUGGGCGUCGUGAGCGGAGGAGGCGGCCGCCGGGAGAGCGAGAGCUCGGACUCGCUGCUGCUGUCGCCGGAGGCGUACAAGGCGACCGAGGCCGUCGAGUUCAUCGCCGAGCACCUCAGGAACGAGGACCAGUACAUCCAGAUCCGGGAGGACUGGAAGUACGUGGCGAUGGUGAUCGACCGGCUGCAGCUGUACAUAUUCUUCCUGGUGACGACGGCGGGCACCAUCGGCAUCCUCAUGGACGCGCCUCACAUAUUCGAGUACGUCGACCAGGACCGCAUCGUCGAGAUAUACCGCGGCAAGUGAACCUUCCCGCCCUUUUUUUUUUCGGGGGGGAACCCUACCUUCUCGCCGCUUCAGAGCCCCGCCGGGCGACGAGACAACGUCAUCGCGUGUGCUUCGGCGGAGCUGUGGACCUACACCAGUGCGACGCAAGAAUCUGCUUCGAAAUGAAGACUUUCAAGUAAAAAAAAAAAAUAACAAUUACUUUUUUUUUUACACAGUUUCUUCAUUGGUGGCAACGAACGGCACUGUAGAACUACUUUUAUUUUAUUUUUGGAAAAAAAAUAAUAAUCAUAAUAAAUCGUAUUUUUCUUCAUCGUCCGAAUUGGGAGAAAUUCUCCUGCAGAAUUUACGAAGAGCUUUCUUCUCUUUCGAAGUGAUAUGAGAUAAAGACUUGUACAUUUUUUUUUUGUAGAAUAUACAUAAUGUGUAAGAAUUUUUUUUUGAGACGAACAGUUUUAAGUUCUCCUUAGGAUUUUUUUAUUUUAUUUUUUCACUGAAUUCAAAUGAGGAAAAGAAGCCGAAUAACAAUUUUGUCAGAAUUUGUUUUUCUCACUUUAGUAGCUUAAUGGAGGAGUUUUUUUUUGUUUUUUUGACGGCUCUGUUUAAACUUUUUCGAAGGGGAAAAUAGGCAAUGUUGAGCCGUGCGAAGGAAAGGCCUACGGUGGUAAAUCUGACGGCCUAUGUUAGGCUGUCCUAGAUGCAGGCUCAGGAAGAUCCCAAGUCUUCCUACGCUGGCUCGGACGGGACUUGUCGAAAGGACUAGAGUCCGGGGCUAGGCGCCGGGAGACAAUGGCUUGCGAGGAAACGUGUGACAAUCUCUCGUUUUUUUUUUCUUCUUUUGUUUCUCCGGGGACCGGGCGGCCAUGACAGACAGAACAUGAUUCGCUCCCUGGGAUGGCCCCGCCCAAGGCAUACUGGCCGCUCCGCUCGGGGGGGGGGGGGGCGGUUUCUGGUUCUUAUACCAAGACUGGACUUAAUGCUCAAAACUUACAUUAAACACACAUAUUUAAUAUUAUCCUUGUACUUACAAUAUUUUUUUUUGUGUGUGUGCUAUGAAUCCGGAGACGUGUGGAGGGGGGGAAAAUAGAGAGAAAGACGUUUAUGUAGACAUUUGCACCGUAGUAAAAAGUCUACCACCUAGAGACGACGAAAAAUUUUCGAUUUCAGGGUCAUGAAAAUUUCAUUUUACAAAACAGUCGAAUGUGUUUGGGGAAAUUGGAGCACGAUAAUUCAACGGGUGGGACAUUUUCUUCGCGUAUUUAUUUAAUUAAGUUAAAAAAAAACGUUUUUGUGGUAAGAUGCAUUCAUACAUAGUUUUUAGUAUGCAAUAUGUGUAGUGUGUGUAGGUAAGUCCUUAAAUUUUGCGAAUAAUAUUUAUAUUGUUGCUAUAUUGGUGCCAGUUAUUAGACGUCUGAAUAAUAUUUAUUGACUAACUAAGCGUGUUAAUUUGUAAAUAUCUGUUAAAUAUUUGAAUUAAUAGUAUUUUAUUUCCGUUUGUUUUUUCUUGGAUGAGAAUUUAUCGUGUGCAUAUGCAGUUUUAAAUGUCUGAGUCCAACGUGAAUUGAUAUUCAUUAAAUAUGAACCAUUUUUGUGACUACUACUAUCGCGACUUUUGUGAUGGUCGCUAAUACAUUUAAUAGAAUGCUGUAAUACUUGACUGGAAUUAUUUUAAACUAACAUUUAACAAAAAAUGAAAUCGUAAUAAAAUAUUUUUGUUAGUGUUUUUUUAACUUUGUUUCUGCCUAAACUCCCGCCAAUUAAGAUUGUUUAAAAUAAAUAGUAGAAGGAAAAAAUAAUACACAUUAAACCUCAGACCAAUAUUACAUGGAAAGUAUAUAUGUCAAAAGUUUCCUUCAUUCCCACGAUGGAAAAAAAACUUUCCAAACUAUAGAAUGUUCACAUACGUCUAAUGCCGAUUUUGUAAUUACUUCGUUGGCAUGUUAAAUUAGUCACCAAGUACUAAGAGUAAAGAAUAUUUCUUAACUGUACAUAGCUACAAUAAAUUUUAUAAAAACCUCA